UUGAGACUUAAAACUAAAACUAAAUAGUAUUACUACCACCAUGUUGUGUUAGUCUUAGUCCUCUAGUGUCCCCAUUUUUCUAUGCAUGAGACUUGUUGGUCAAUAGUGUCAUGCCUGGCUAAGUCAUCAUUUUUCAAGUUUGUGUAAGAUUCAUAUUUCCCAAAUUUGAUCUGAUCUAUCCUGAAACACUUGAAGGAUAUGGUAUGUUCUUUUUGCAUUGAGCUUUGCACAAUGUUAGCAAAUCAUUUAUUUGAAGUCAAAAUCAAUGUUGGCAUUCUGUUGUCUAAGAAUUCUGAAAGAGCUCGUAUGCAAUCUUCUGUUUGAUGAUGACUGAUUUUUAUGGUACUUGAAAUGCAAAUGUUUUUGCCCCCUCCAUAUUCUUUUUAUUUGUUCAAAACCUUCAAUUUUACUUCAUAUUUGAUAUGCUGGCCAAAAUCUGUGCUGGAGAUCAUCAAUUAGGGUCCCAUAUAUUUUUGUCCAAAACUACUGGUUGGUGCUUCUACACCAUGCUUCUGGCUAUAAUUCAUUGCGAAUCAUUUUCAUCUGCUAAAGGUUGAUGUUACUAGGAGAUUUCUAGAAUCAUUUUUUACACGAUUCAUAGAUUGCAAACACAGUGUUGUUUGACAUGAAACUAUCAUUGAUGACUUCGUCAGUUGAGCAUUUGAAGUUCUGGGCAUGAUUUGGAUACUGUUUGCUGCAAAAUAAUACAUAGUAUUCUUAGGGACAUUAACUUCCCAGCAUAAAUGUGCUCGUGUUGAAACUUGUGGGCAGUCGAAGUUGAUGUAAAUUUUGCACAUUUUGAAGCUGUUGAGGGUCGCAGUUGUGUUACAUUAGUGUUGGGACAUGAGUUGCAAGGAGCAACAAGUCAAGUACAGUGGCUAGCGACUAGAAAUUUGAACUGUCUGUAAGGCCGUCUCCUCUCUCUGGCGGUCAGCAGGGGUUUCGACCACGUGGGCCAGCUGGUCCGCCACAAUGGGGACCCCGAGGUCAACAUCAUGCGCAGCCAAUGGGGUAUGAUUAUCCGCAACGUGGGCCAUAUCCUUCUCAGAAUUCACAGUAUCCUCCUCAAUCGUAUGGUAAUUAUCGCCCACAACAAGUGGCUUCAAGAAGUAACUUUGGUCCGGGAUGGGAGCAAAGGCCUCCAGCAACAAUGCAAGGCCCCCCACCCCAAAGUGGUGGCUAUGACUAUUAUGGCGGACAAGGUCAUAUGGUUGAUGCACCGUCAUCUAAUCCUGUUCAUGGUCCUGGCCCUUCCCCUACCCCUAUGGGCCCACCUUCUUCACAGGGAAAUUACAAUUACAGACAGCCACAUGGUCCGGAGUAUCAGCAAGCUCCAUAUUCCCAAUCUGCACCUCCUCAGAGUUACGGCCAGGGAUACAACGAAACAAAAUAUGAAAACCAGGCUCCGAGUCAUCAUUCCUAUGGAGGAGAUUCACAGUCAGGAGGUUAUUCUCAAGGCACUCAUUCAGGCUAUGCUCAGCAGGCACCAUCUUAUGGCAUGCCACCACAUGGACCUCCUUCCCAUGUCUAUGGUCAGCCUCGAGCUAGUCAACCAGGUGAUAUGCCUUAUCAAGGUCCCAUCUCAUCGACCCAGCCUCCUUAUGGUCAAAAUGUGCCACCUCAGCAGACAUACCCCUACGCGUCAAGUGGGCCCACACAGCAAACUUAUCAACCCCCAUAUGGUUCUGCAUCUGUUACCGAUGGUUAUAAUCAGCCGCCACCUGCUGCUGUAUCUGCCUAUCCCCAGCAAGGUGGUCAGCCAGUUUCUGGUUAUGGUCAGCCCGCAGGAGGACAACCAGCUCAAGGUUAUGCUCAAAUAGCACCAACCGGAGGUUAUGGUUCAUACCCAUCUUCACAACAAGUUGGUUACACUGAACAACCACCUACUCAGAACAAUGCAGGCUAUGGUGGCUACCAAGGUGCCCCCGCAGAUCCAGCUUACAGUGGUGCUCCUGGUUCAGCUUAUUAUGGUGCACCACCGACUGGGCAAGCUGGGUAUGCUCAACCCGCUCCAACGCAGCAACCGGGCUAUGAUCAGUCUGUCCCACAUUCAGGUGGUGGUUAUGGAAGUAGUGGUGUACCUGGGGCUGGGCCCGCACCUGUUGGUGGCGGUUAUGGGAAAAGUCUGUCACCCCAGCCUGGCUACCCCCCUCAGUAUGAUGCUUCAGCUCAGAUGUAUGGUGGUGCAUAUCGCUGAAAUUUUUUGAUAUCGGUGGUUGGUGUUAGGAAAGUUGGAUUAGAAGUAGAUGAUGUUCCUUUCUCCUUUAAAAUGCUUGCUAGAUGGAAGCAUCCAUCCUUUUAUUAAGGUUUUGUUUUUAAUGACUGUUCAGAUCUAUGUUAUACUGUUCCAGUACAAGGGGAUAUUCUAUGGUAAUUAGCAGAGAACUUGUAUGAAUCUCAUAUGACUUCCCACUUCCCACCUUCUUAUUCCAUGAAGCUAUAUAUGCUAUAUGUUUGU